AUGGCCAAAAGCACCGGCACCUCUACAGCCCUCACCAUCGUGCGCGUCUUCCAAAUCCUCACGCUCAUCGCCUGCUGGGGCAUCCUCGCCGCGCUCGUCAACAUCUACAGCAGCAACGGCGCCGCCGCCCCCGCCGGCGUCCUCUGCCUCUUCAUCGUCGCCCUCCUCGCCUCCAUCUGGGCCUUCUGCGUGCUGCUAACCCAAGCGCGCGCGCGCAACACCGCCUACUGGAUGGCCGCCGGCGACAUCAUCCUCCUCGCAGCCCUCAUCGCCGGCGUCGUUCUCAUCUCCCGCAUCACCUCGCGCUGCAAGCAACAAGUCGCCUACGCCACGAGCGGGGACGGCACGAAGGUCUACCCCACUACUACUACGGUGGCGGCUGGUAGCAGCGACCCUGUGUGGCAUGGGCACAACUGCGAUCUGGCGAAGGCGGCGAUGGGGCUGGGGAUUGCGAAUAUCGUGUUGUUCUUCAUCUCUGCCAUCUUGGCGGCGCUGGUGGUGGUGCAGAAUAGGCGGGAGGAUGAGGAGCUGGUGAGGGAGAAGAUCUAUACGGAGGCGACUACGAGAAGGGGGAGUGGGAGUGUGGGGUAUGUGGAGAGUGAGAGGAGUGGUAGGAGUCGGAGUCGGAGUCGGAGUAGGAGGCAUAGGCAUCGUCAUCGCAGCCCGAGGUCGGGGGAGUAUAUCAUUCAUGAGGAGAGGAUUGUGUAG